UCACCGAAUCUGAGUAGUGCACCGCCGCAGUUGAGGUGUCCGGGUUAUACGCCGCUCUAGUUUUGCGCGCGACUUUUUAAUUUUAUUAUGCGUCAUGUGUAAUAUUCGAUAUUAAUCACAUCGUGUUCUAUCAAACUAUAUCUAAUAAUUAACUUUUAUUCUUUGUUUUUAUACAAUAUAUAAUACACAAGUUAAAGGCAUUAAUUAUUCAGUAUAUACCUACUAAACUAUAUACACACCGAAUAUAGCCUGCUUCUGGUAUUUGGUUGAGUACGUUUGCGAUGGCGACAUUACUGAAGAACGUCACCAAUUGCAUAUGGCAAGCGUUCAACUCACUGGACACGGACAACACGGGGACCGUGGUCAAGUCCAAGCUCAAAGUUUUAACGGCAAACAUCGGCAUUCUCCUUGACCUUUAUGGUGUAGAGAAGGGCCUUGAACACUAUAGAAGCACACAAAUGCUAAACUUUCAACAUUACAAAUACUAUUUAUUAAGAGAAGUUUUUCUUUCACUUCCAAAUAUUUUAUCUUUACCAGUACUUCAGGAAUUUGAGUCAAAUAUUGAUGAGACAUGUUGGUUAAUUUGUAAAAAAGAUUUUAUUUCUAAAUGCCAAGUUUUACCAGAGGAUUGUAUGUAUAAAUUAUUCAGGGUAUUUUGUUUUUUGUCAGAGCUCGUAGUGGAUCCAGAAAGGCCAAAUCGAUUUCAAGUUAUUAUGGAUACAUCUGAAGUGGGUUUGGUGGCUUCACAAAUCGUUACUUCAUUAGGCACUGACUGGGACCAAUCUGGUUUUGAAGAGCUCAUUGGAAAUACUAAUGGAUUCCAAUUUGGUACGUUUUUAACUUUACUAGAGAAGCGAUAUUUGGCUGACGUUGAUCGUGCAGGAUUGGUGGAAGCAUUAAAUGCAGUUACAAAUACUUUCAUCGAUGAUAUAAUAAAAAAAGGUGUAUUGUUCAAACGAGGUUAUUUAUUGCCAACACUGCGAGAGUAUUGGUUUGUAUUAAAACCAUGUCAACUAUUAUACUAUAAGAAUGAAGAAGAAAAAGAGCAGUGUGGAUCUAUAACAUUAGAUCCAAGAUGUUGGGUAGAUUCUAAUUUACAGCGUAUAAUGUUGCACACAACUGAAAGAACUUUUGAAUUAGCCACCAAGGAUCAUAGGAGUCGUUUACAAUGGCUGUCUGCUCUAAAAUUAGCAAUAUCUUAUUCUGCGGGUACAGAAGGUUAUCAACGAACAUUGUUGCGUCGUAGGCAAAAGCGAAGAAAAGCUGAACUUCAAGAGAAACAUAGAAGAAGUAGCAUAAUACAUGACAUGGAUGUUCAGUUACAGGCUGAAAAACAAGCUAGAGUGGCUAUGGAAAUUCAGGCAAAAGAACUAAAAGUGGCUAGCGAAAAACAUGUUGAAGAAUUGGAAAGUUUACUUGAGGAAGAAACACAAGCAAAACGUGAUGAAGAAAUAGUUCGUAAUUUACAAGCUAGAGUAUUAAGAGAAGAAUGGGAGAAAAGAGAAGAGUUGGAAAGAUUACAAGAAGAACAUAUAUUACUAUUGGAGCAAGAACGAGAAAAACGAAAAGAAUUUGAGAUUAAACAACGAGAGAAAGAAAAUCAAUUGCUAGAAGCCCAACAGAGGUUAAUUGAAUUGGAAGCUGAAAAACAGCGACUUGAUGACGAAUUGACAAGAGCUCAAAAAAAGAUUAGUAUUUCUGAAAAAGCUGUGGCAUCAAUUACAAUAGUAGACCCUGCAGAUACAUUGAACAUAAAACCACAAGUUAAAGUGAGGAGGACAAUGUCAUUUAUACCAUCCACAAAGGAACGACCAAUUAAUUUUUAUAAGUGAAAAGACUAACUAUUUUUUUUAUUGUUUAUUUAUAAUUAAUUUUUAUAAU